UGCAACGGCGACGGCGCAGUUCACUUGGACUUUUGUAAAACUGAAAAAAGUUUAUGGUGAUCCUGAGGAAUUGUGAAUAUAGCUGCGCCCAAAACAACACACACAAUUGCAAAACACUGGCGUGAAAUAGAUCUUGACCGCAAUUGGCCUUGGACUGGAGCGUGUGCCGGUGUGUGGCAAAACCAACAAAAAAAAAUUAUAUAUAAGAAAAUACUAAGCACCGUACGGUGUGUUAAUGUGUGUGUAUGUUGUGUGCGUGUGCAAUUUGUAAAUUUUUUCAUCCGCGUGGAGAGCGCAUUGGAGCCCACACAUUAUUCGACUGCGAAGUGCGCGCGUGGCUAUAGGCAGAUAUAGCCACCUAACCAACCCCAAAUGCAACAACAUCAUCCACAACAAUAACUACAAUACCAGCAUAGAAAGUCUUCAUCCGGAACAGUUCCUUUACUAUAAGCCACACUUCAGUUUCUGCUUUGACGAGCAGCUCUACUUGAGUUAAAAUUUAAUUGAUAUUCAAUUUAUUACUUCAACGGCGUUUCAAGGCCGUACAAUUAUGGAUCUAUAUGCCAAGAGUGCCAACACAACCAGCAGCAGCAAUGGGAAACAAGAGCACGAUGUCACCCCCGCCAGCAGCAGCGGAGCAGCAACAACAACAUCAGCAGCAGCAGCAGCACCAUCCACCUCCACCUCCACCUCCACAGCCACAGACGCAGCCGCAGACAUUUCCACAUCCACAGAUAGUGCAUUAUGCUUACUAUAUAAGAUAGCAGCAUAUCGUCCAAGAACUUCUAAUGUGAAUUCCAGAUUUGGAAGCGGCUUUAAGGCAACGUGUAAACGCAAACGUAGCACAUUUCUCCCAGAGGAUACUGAACUUGGCUGCGAGCCGCCAUCGGCGAAGCGCCAACAGCGUUUGACUGACGCUGACGCUGACGCCGGCGCCGACGAUGACGCUGACCUUGGCAUUGACGUUGCCGAGCCUUUUAGCUGGAACGGAAAUAAACAAAAGUCGUCGGUGUCCUCCACGGCGUACACAUGGCCAGUGGCGUUGGCGGAGAAGCGGGUACCCUAUUUGCCAGCGGAGGAGCAGGCGCCACACAGUCCGCUGCCCGAUAGCCCGGACAGUCCGCCCAGUCCGGAUCGCGGUGCCAAACAGCAGCCGGUGGUGGUGCGCUAUGCGAGCGAAGAGUCAGAAAUUGUCGCCCAUCUGGGUGAGAUGCUGGAUGAUAGCGACGAGGAGACUUCGUUCGGCGAGCCAGAGGACGAGGAAGACGUUGAGGAUGAUGAUGACGAAAUUGAGCAAAUCAACUCAUCAAGCUCAUCGCCCGCCUCCUCCACAGCCACCGGCUGCAGUCUGAAUGGCGAACGGACGCCAGCGACACAACAGCUGCCGACGACGGCACAGCAUCCCAGCGAUGCCAGCAGCAGUCGCAAGGAUGCAUUGAGGAAAUUAAAUGCACUCGAAGACUCAAAUGCCUUUUCCAGCGUAAAUUGUUUGUCGCCCGCUGCUGAGAUACCGAUUCGUCAGUGUCCAUUGCCCGCCCUGUCCUGGGCCAAUGCGUCGGAGGUGUGGAAACGCAUGUGCCUGCGGGAUGAGCAGGAUUCACAUUUGCGCAGCAGCAGCAUGCUGGAGCAUCAUCCCGGGCUGCAGCCACGCAUGCGUGCCAUCCUGCUCGACUGGCUGAUCGAGGUGUGCGAGGUGUACAAGCUGCACCGUGAGACCUUCUAUCUGGCCGUCGAUUAUCUGGAUCGGUAUUUGCAUGUCGCAAGGCACGUGCAAAAGACCCAUCUGCAGCUAUUCGGCAUCACCUGUCUGUUUGUCGCUGCCAAGGUUGAGGAAAUCUAUCCGCCCAAAAUAAGUGAAUUCGCCUAUGUCACGGACGGCGCCUGCACCGAGCGCGACAUAUUGCAGCACGAGAAGCUGCUGCUGCAGACAAUCAACUGGGACAUUUGCCCCAUCACAGCAACCGCCUGGCUGGGCGUCUAUAUGCAGCUGAAUGUGAGCAAUCGCACACCAGCUUCCUUUGCGCAGAUCGGCAGACAGGCGAGAGCGGAGGCAGCCGGAGCGAGAGCGGGAGCUGCAGCUUCAACUGAUUCCGAUGAAGCCUUCAUCUAUCCACAGUUUUCGGCCUUUGAGUUCGUUCAAACCUCACAGCUGCUCGAUCUGUGCACCCUAGACGUGGGCAUGGCCAAUUAUCCAUAUUCAAUAUUGGCCGCAGCGGCCAUGAGUCAUACAUUCAAUCGUGAAACGGCUUUGCGCAGCUCUGGUCUCGAUUGGCAAGCGAUUCAGCCGUGCGCGCGUUGGAUGGAGCCCUUCUUCCAUGUCAUAUCGAAGCGAGCGCCCUACCUGCAGCUGAAUGAGCAGAACGAGCAGGUGACAAAUAAGUUUGGUGUAGCGCACAUUUGUCCCAACAUUGUGACCGACGAUUCGCACAUAAUACAAACGCACACAACCACAAUGGAUAUGUAUGAUGAAUUGUUGAUGGCUCAGAAUGCAUUGCAUGCAAUGCGCGCUCGCACUCAGGCCUCGCCGGCGACGGCGUUGCGAGCACCCGAAAGUCUGUUAACGCCGCCAGCCUCUAGUCACAAACCAGAUCUGGAUAACAAUGAGGAUGAGGACGAGGAGCACCAGCAGCAGCAGCAGCAUUUGACGGCAGUAGCUAGCAGCAGCAGCAGCACUAGCCGCAGCCGCAGUAGUUCUUCCUCUACUCGAGCGCCGCUUCAGUCUAUAAAAAAUCCGGCGUGUCCUGGCAGCAGCGGCGCUUAAGCUCUGAUUCGUUGUUGUCCUUGCGCUAAUCCUUUUCUCUCUGUCUUGCGCAUUUUGUAAACCCGCCCUCACAGAUCUUAAUCUUAAGUGUUUCUAAUAUACAUAUAUAUAUAUCUAACAACAAAAAAGCAGCAUAUCUAUUAAAAAUUAAUUAAAAUUAAGCACAAAGGUUAAUUAGUUGCUUACAAAAAUGCACAAAAAAAUUAAAGAA